CCAAGCUGGAUGGAACAGCGGCUCCAGACUGAAAACACUAUUCAUCGGCUUUAGGAACAGUGACGGCUCUAGCCCUAGCUAGUCUGUUUGGUCAAAGCAUGGUGGUCUGGCCUGUUUCCAGCCUCUCCCUCCCUUCCAAAAUCCUCAUCAAACUUUUCCUCUUCUCUGUUUUCUUUUCCUCCCUUCCCCGCUCCGGCAGCAGGAUUCUGCAGCUGCUAGACACUGACCUUCAUGAAAAAGUCAAGACAGUGGCGACUUCUUCAUUCCCUUUGAAAUCUCAGCUAGCUCCUGACAGUUCGCUCAAGUUGUUCUGCUGUUUGGUGUGAUGCCUUCCAUGGCUCAAGGAGGAUUCAGAAACUUUACCGGCAACCAGAAGCCUGGCAGUAAAUUAUCCAAUGAAAAUCAGAAUCGUCAAACUGAUUUCCCUUCCCGGAGACAGAAGAUUUUACAACAAAGGAAGUCACUUCCUAUUGCUUCAGUUGAGAAAAGACUUGUUGAAGAGGUGCGAAAGAAUGAUAUUUUGAUAAUCGUUGGUGAAACUGGAAGUGGAAAGACCACACAGAUCCCCCAAUUCCUGUUUGAUGCUGGAUUUUGUCUUGAUGGGAAAGUUAUUGGGAUAACUCAACCCCGGCGUGUUGCUGCUGUUACUGUAGCAAAACGGGUUUCUGAGGAAUGCGGUGUUGAAUUGGGCCAAAGGGUUGGUUACUCUAUUAGAUUUGAUGAUGCUACUUCAAGUUCAACAAGGAUUAAAUACAUGACAGAUGGGUUGCUUCUGAGGGAAUCCUUGUUGGAUCCAUUUCUUUCCAAGUAUUCUGUUAUAAUUGUUGAUGAAGCCCAUGAGAGAACUGUACACACUGAUGUCUUGAUUGGCCUGCUUAAAAAUGUGCAACAUGCUCGUUCUGAUAUUCUUUCUGACGGUCAGAGCCUUAACUCUGAAAACAAGAAUGUAAAGAGUGGCAUGUCAUUGGAGAAAGAAAAUGGUGGUCAGCGUGGCAGUUUUCUUAGGAAGCACAAUAACAGAAAUUAUGCUCCACUGAAGCUAAUCAUUAUGUCUGCAAGCCUUGAUGCGCGAGUGUUUUCUGAGUACUUUGGCGGUGCAAAAGCUGUUCAUGUUCAAGGGAGGCAAUUUCCUGUUGAUAUAUUUUACACUCGCCAUGCAGAGGCAGAUUAUUUAGAUGCUUCCUUGAUAACAAUAUUCCAGAUUCAUUUGGAGGAGGGCCCUGGUGAUAUACUAGUAUUUCUGACUGGGCAAGAAGAGAUUGAAUCUAUUGAAAGGCUCAUAAAUGAGCGACUCAAGCAGUUACCUGAAGGCAGCCAGAAGCUUCUAACUGUGCCUAUAUUUGCAGCUCUUCCUUCUGAGCAGCAAAUGCGAGUGUUUGCACCAGCUCCAUCUGGAUUUCGCAAGGUAAUAUUAGCAACUAAUAUUGCUGAAACAUCAGUAACAAUUCCUGGAAUCAAGUAUGUAGUAGAUCCUGGAUUUGUUAAAGCACGCACUUAUGACCCUGGCAAAGGAAUGGAAUCUUUGGUUGUGGUACCUACAUCCAAGUCCCAAGCUCUGCAAAGGAGUGGGCGUGCAGGGCGUGAGGGACCUGGAAAAUGUUUUCGUCUCUAUCCAGAAAUUGAAUUUGAGAAACUCGAGGACUCAACAAAGCCAGAGAUUAAGCGAUGCAACCUCUCCAAUGUUAUUUUGCAGCUUAAGGCUUUAGGUGUUGAUGACAUACUAGGGUUUGAUUUCAUUGAGAAACCUUCAAGGGCAGCUAUCAUCAAAUCAUUGGAGCAGCUAUUCUUGUUAGGUGCUCUAACAGAUGACUGUCAACUAUCUGAUCCAGUUGGAAUUCAAAUGGCUCGGCUUCCCUUGGACCCUAUUUAUUCUAAAGCUCUUAUUUUAGCUAGUCAGUUUAACUGCUUGGAGGAGAUGUUGAUAACCGUUGCAAUGCUUUCUGUGGAAUCCAUAUUUUAUGCUCCCCGUGAUAAGUUAGAAGAGGCAAGAACUGCAAUGAAAUGCUUCUCAAGUCCAGAAGGAGACCACCUUACUUUGAUUAAUGUGUACCGGGCAUCUAAUGAGUUCCUAGAAAAGAGAUUGAUGGGAAUGGGUAAUGCCAAAAGUGAAAAGGCUCUGAGAAAGUGGUGUAAAGAAAACUUUAUCAAUAGCCGUUCUCUUAAGCAUGCUCUUGACAUUCACAAGCAAAUUUCUGUGAAUGUUGAACAAAUGGGUUUGCAUGUUGCUUCUUGUGGAGAUGAUACACUUCAAUACCGCAGGUGCCUUGCUGCUUCCUUUUUCCUGAAUGCAGCUGUAAAGCAGCCAGAGGGAACAUACAGGGCCCUCGCAAGUGGUCAGGUGGUGCAGAUCCACCCUUCUUCAGUAUUAUUUCAACAAAAGCCAGAGUGCAUAAUAUUUAAUGAACUGGUCCAAACAAAUAACAAGUAUAUACGGAAUGUAACCAGAAUCGACUACCUAUGGUUGACUGAGCUGGCUCCUCAAUAUUAUGCUGUGCAGAGUUAAAUUCUUGGUGUUGACAUGGAACCGUUAAAUUGCAUUGCUGUUAUUUAGAAGGUGUAAUUUAAAUCCUUUGCUAGCGGUUGCAUUUCCUCUGAUUGUACGUUUGGAUGGAACCCGCAGAUGUACGAUUGAAAAAGUAUCACCCCCAUUGAUGUUGUUAAUCCUCCCUUUGAAGCUGUCUCUUCUUGUCUGGUAGAUGCAUAGAACAUAUAAAGCUGGCCCAAAGCAGCUUCAUUUGGAAAAGGAUAACCUCCAUUGAUGUUGUUAUGCCCUUCAAAGAAGAAUCUGUUUCUUUGAAAGAUGGAAAGGGCGAAAGAUGGAAGGGGCGUAUAAAGCAAGGCUGAGAGAGCACCAUAACCAUAUAUCAUGAGUUAGUUUUUUCAUGGUGUUAUUAUUUAUGAGAAUUUAAUGUCCUCGUUUUUAUUUAUGACGCGUCUAGUUUGUGAAGCUAACCCUUGAAGUGACUGGUCCGAGUGGCUGCACAUCUCCUUUUGAGCGUCAUAUCCAUAGUCUUUAGCAUCUUUUAGCUUGCCGCAAGGCAGGGAUGAACCCAGAAAUGAUCGUGUUGGAGGGGAGGGAGGACUAGAACUUUAUCUAAAAUUUCGGUUGCAAAAAUUGAUUUCAAUAUGUUUUACAGAUUUUCCUAUUUAUAAAGGAUGGUUUAGAUUAUUGGGGGGCAAUGGCCCCCACAUGCCCCGCCUUGGAUUUGUCAAUGCUGCAAGGAUACUGCUGGAUUUGGUAUCUAGCAACAUAGAAGAAGAUAGUGCAGGGGAAUUUUGUUAGGUCAUGAAAUGAUAAUUUUACCUUUUGGUGUACACGAACAGUAAAGAUCAUGUAACUGGUUUAUAUUUAAUCAGAUUAUGGCUUGGAGAA